AAGAGGGGACAAAAACUGUGGGAAUGCGAACGCGGUGUCCAAGAUGGCGUCACGCACGACUUUGCUGGGUCUCGCAUGGUUGGUUGCAGCGGCCGGCGUCCUGCUGCUGCUGCUGCGCCUCGACCAGAGGCGGGAAAAGGGUGCAGCAGACGGAUGGAGCUCAGUAGCAGAGAUGGCGGCGCCAGCGACGAGCGUGGUGGUGCUCGACCGCGGCAACAACACCACAUGCACCGUCAAUUUGCACGGUGCAACUGUGGUGUCAUGGCGCGUGAACAACCAGGAGCAACUUUUUGUUAGUAAACAGGCGAUAUUUGAUGGAAAGCGUGCCAUCCGAGGAGGAAUUCCAGUUGUCUUUCCCCAGUUUGGACCCUGGAGCACUGGUCCACAGCAUGGAUUUGCCCGCAUUUGCCGCUGGGAGCUAAAGAAGCCUCCAGAACGUUUACCUACCGGAGAUGUAGAGGCUAUGUUCCAGUUGCUGGACAAUGAAUUCACUCGGUCCAUGUGGAACUAUCCGUUCAGCUUAACGUAUCGUCUCAUCUUACGAGAAAAGGAACUCCACUUUAACAUAUCUGUUUACAACCCAGGAGCAGAGACGCUCUCCUUUACUCUUCUUCUCCAUACUUACUUCAAGGUUCCUGAUGUACGCCGAUGUCAAAUUACUGGCAUGAGGGGAUGCACCUAUAUAGAUAAGACCCGAGAGGGAGCUCUCUACCAGGAGCACCGUGAUGUGGUAACCAUUAAUGAAUGGACAGAUCGUAUCUAUCAGAAUACUCCUCUUGAGCACAUCAUCACUAAUGUUGUAAGCGGCCGCAAGAUGAGAAUGCAAAAGUACAACCUUGUUGAUACUGUGGUAUGGAAUCCAUGGAUUGAGAAAGCCAAAGAGAUCCCAGAUUUUGGGGAGGAGGAAUUCCCUAACCUGGUGUGUGUAGAGGCAGGUCACGUCUCUGCUCCAGUCAUCCUUCCACCUGGAACUGUGUUCGAGGCCAGUCAGAUCCUGCAAGUCAUGUAGAAUGUUAUGGCACACCGUUGACUAAAUAAUAGUAAGACCCACAAGUGGAAGGCAAGAACAGAUUUGGAAGUAUUUUAAUGCUUGAAUUCUUUGACGGUCAUCAGUUCUUCCAAGCAUUGAAGACUGAUGUCAAAUAUAUAACGGUAUGUCUUAGCUUGUGAGUUUUAUUAUUGUAAUUAUAGUUUAGCGAUCUGUUCAUCCAUGUCCAUAAACUGUGAAUGGAUAAGAAAGGUCCAAAAUUUAAGAGGUUCUGUAAGAGGCAGUUUAAACUAUCCUUUAGGGAAUUUGAUAUUGAUAGAUGUCAGUGUGGCUGUAAGUGUGAAGGAAGAAGUGUACUUGACGUCAGCAAUUAAAUCAAUUUUUUUUUUAACUGAAGUACAGUGCAGUAUGUCUAUAAAGGAAAGAAGCAACACUAGUGCAUAAGUUGGCUAGAGAAUUGGUUUUAAUGUGCAUUUUCAGGUUGUGAAAGGUGUUAAAAUUCAUGUGGCAUUUGAUUCUGGAUGGCUAUGUUCACAUGGAUCUGUUCUUAAUUGUGUUGUCAUUUGUUAUAUGAUCAUGUUUGUUCUUUUAAUGUUGAUACCUGUGAGCAUCCAAGUGGCUGUAGCACAUGCCUGCUCAAGCAUGUGCUACAUGUGUUCAUUUGAAGUUAUCCCAGAAUGGAGCGAAUUUAUUGAUUAUAAUAUAUAUAUCAUGGUGCUAUGAGUGUUGUGUGUGAUUGGGAGCCUUUUCAUAGCAAUUUCAGUAUAACAUGUUCAUUAUAAGCAAACCAUGACAAAAAUUGCAAUACAGAAUAGUGGUCUUGUGUAUCUCACUAAAAGUUAAUUGAUUAUAGAGUCCAGUAAGCUGAUCCAUGCUGAAUAUUAUACUUUUGAUCUCAAGUGUAGCAUUAAGAAGUUAAGAAAAGGAGUUAACUGUAUCCAAAAAUGUAACAUUAUAAUUGGGUGAUUCACAGCAUUUAUCAUGGUUGUCAUGAGUUUCAUGGUAUUUGUGCCCCAAUUGCAAAACCAAAGUUUUAAAAAAGGAAGAUUAAGACAGGGUGACAAUUUCUUAAUUAAUGGUGUUUGUAUUUUGUAGGUUGUUUGUUGUAGUAUACUUGCUACUAACCUAGUUAUUGAUACUGUAGACAAGAAUUGCUUUUGCAUUCUGUAAUGGUGCAUAAUUUGAGUGCUAAAGGGUUGCUAACUAUUAUGGAAUAGAGGAUGAUUUGUAGUUGAUAUUCUUGAGCUUUCUAAUAUUGUUAAUUACCCAGACCUGGGUAGCAUGUGGCUUUACUUCUCCAGUUUUAGGAGAUGUUAGAAAAAAACUAUUUUUAGUGUUUACAUUUGAAGUUUUUAUGAAGAAAUAUUUGCCAGCCUUUGGACAGUCAUAAUUUUGUUUUUAUAGGUAAUGUCAUAUUCAUGCAACAUAGCUUUUUUAGUAGGUUAUCAGAAGAUGCAUCUUCACAAUACUGGGUAGACUAAACUUGCAACAGAUGCAUGUAAAAGUAAAUUUUAGAAUAUUUUAUGAGGGCUGUUAUAUUAAAGUUUGUUUAUUACCAUUUUGACUUAUGUACAGUGCUGUAAUGUUGUUGAGGUAGCUUGUAGAUAGCAUUUUAUUCUAAAGCUUGUUUUGCACAACCCAUGAAAUUUGACAAUUGUUAGAACUAUUGGAACUACAGUAGAUGCUUUUUCAAAGCAUUUUAAUUUUGCCUGAAAACAAGCAUUAUGUAAAUUUCAAAAUAUUUAGUUAAUUUAAUUUUGACAGGAAUUUUCUAUGGCACAUUACAUUAUUGAUAGGGAGAGUUAAGUGUGAGAAGAGGGGGUGUAACUGGCCAUUAUUACUAUGGCUAGUCACUGUUAUCCAGUGGCCUAAGUGAAUGGCUAAGAAAUAUUGGAAAUUUAGCUAACUUUAGCCUCUCAGGAGAAUUGUAUUUCUCACUGAGAUAAUAUUUGUAAGUAGUUAAAAAAAAUGAAAAUCUAAGCCAUAUUCACAGCUCUUCUGGUAUUGUAAUUUUUUGUAAUGCAUUCCGAAUUUGUAUUUCUUUUAAGAUGUUUUAUCUUGAUAUAUGAAUUGUUUUUAAUGCCCUUUUUUCAUAGUUUAAUAUUUAAUUCAUGUUUCUUAUAUCUUUAUUUUAUAUGGUCAUAUAUCAUGUAUUAAUGUUGAAUUUCACACCAUGAUAUUUUCCUUAAUGUUUAUAUAGUGGAAAUUUGAACUUCAAAAUAUAGUCAUUAAAUGCUAAAUGUCUUUAAAA